AUGAAGCCCCCCGCACCCGUAUGGAACAAUGCCAGGCGCAGCAAGGGCGCUCCCCAAUCCCAGGGCCAACCUCGAUCUUCAUCAAAUGAGUUCCGAAAUAUAAAGGCACAGUGGGCGAGUGCGAAGGCACUGGCGGAGGAAGAGGAGGCACAGAGGCAACGUCUGUUGGCGGGUGCAGGUUCAGGGACGGCAAACGAUGAGAAGCUUCUGAAGGCAGCGAAGAGGAGAGAUGUGCAGAGGAAUAAACUGAGAGAGAGCUUGUUUAAGAUUCAGCAUGCGGUGGUGUUGGCGGUUUUGGGAUGGUUUUUGUUCAUUCAUUUAGUUGGCAUAUUCUUUUUCACGAAGGGGUUUCUAUUGACGAGGCUGGUGCUGGAGAAUAAAUCCGAAUGCACGGUGUUACCAUUUGCGGGAUCCGUUGCGGAGACCGAGAUAGGGACGGAUUCGCAACUUUCAGGUCGCGGAUGCUGGCAUCCCAAGACCUUCGACAAGGCUAUUGUCAUCGUAAUUGACGCUCUCCGAUAUGAUUUCACAAUCCCCUUCCGACCAACGGUUGAAGGACAGAAACCACAACGCUUCCACAACAACUUCCCAGUCCUGUACGAAACAGCCAGGCAGUCGCCUGAUAAUGCUUUCCUUCUGCCCUUCAUCGCUGAUCCGCCCACCACCACAUUACAGCGCCUCAAAGGCCUGACCACAGGCACCCUGCCGACGUUCAUAGACGCGGGCUCGAAUUUUGCGGGCACCGCCAUCGACGAGGAUAAUUUGAUCGCCCAGCUACAUAAUGCCGGGAAACGAAUCGUACAUUUGGGUGAUGAUACGUGGCAUAAAUUGUUUCCAGGUAUUUUUGAAGCGAACCUGACGCAUGCCUACGAUUCGUUUAAUGUCUGGGACCUACACACUGUCGACAACGGGGUUACGGAACAUCUCUUCCCGCUCUUGAAGGCGGAAAAUGCUACGAAAUGGGACGUUAUUGUUGGCCAUUAUCUUGGCGUCGAUCAUGCAGGUCACCGGUACGGGCCGGAUCAUGCGGCUAUGGCUGCUAAACUGGGCCAGAUGGAUCAACUCAUACGCGAUGUGAUAAGGGAUCUCGAUGAUUCAACCUUGCUUGUUGUUAUGGGGGACCAUGGAAUGGAUGCCAAGGGUGACCACGGCGGUGAGUCAGACGAUGAGGUGGAAGCUGCGUUGUGGAUGUAUUCCAAGCGGGGAGUCUUUGGGCGGACGAACGAUUUGUUUCUCGAACCGCCGCGGACGGCGAAGGAACGUCCCGUACCGCAGAUAGAUCUUGUACCGACACUAGCGUUGCUGUUGGGCACGCCCAUCCCGUUUAACAAUCUCGGUUCCCCGAUUACGGAGGCAUUUUCUGGUGUGGGUGGUCAGGACUUGAAGAACUUGGUUCAUGUCAAUAGGCUUGCUUCUGCGCAGAUUAAGCGGUACCAGCAUUCGUAUGCCACUGCCAGGGGCAUGGAUGAGAGCCAUACGUCUGGGCCGUUGGCGAUCUGGGCGCGUGCAGAGCAGGAGUGGGCUGAUGUAUCUCAGCACCACGAUUCGUAUCGAGAUCGAUCGGCCUUACAAGAUGCGUAUAACUUAUACCGGGAGUACCAGAGAGAUACGUUGCGUGUCUGUCGUGGGCUGUGGGCAAGAUUCGAUGUCCCCAGUAUGAUUCAGGGGAUACUGAUUCUUUUUGCCGGCGUUGUCCUGCUGGUGUUCUAUGCCCGAGGCAUCCGUGGCGACCGCACUGACCUUUCGUUUCCAACGCUUCGACGGAUAGGUGUUGGGUCCGGGCUUGGUAUAUUGGGUGGUAUGAUUUCAACAGGCGUGCGGAUCGUCCCGCUGUCCCGCGUGGAGGCACUCGUGCUUGGAAUUGCGGUGGGAGGAAUAUUUGCGGUCGGAUCAACAUUUUUGUAUCUUCCGAAACGAAUCGCAUCUCCCCUCCCAAGCUCGCUGUGGGCAUGGCUUGCUGUAUUAUUUACGGUGUCCCAGUCUAUAGGGUUCGCGUCGAACUCCUACACUAUCUGGGAAGAUGAAAUACUUUUAUUUUUCUUAACAACCUUUGGCGUCGUAUCUGCCCUUUCUUCGAUAGGUCAGAAGCGUAUGGAGGAUAGAGUUCUGGGGUUAUAUCAUUCCAUCGUCUUCAUUCUGCUGGGGAGAGUAGCAUCCCUCUCCCGCCUCUGUCGGGAGGAACAGAUGCCCUUCUGCGUCUCUACGUACUAUGCCUCAUCAGCCUCAUCGACAUCCGCAUGGUGGCAGCUUUUCAUCCCAUUCUUGCUCGCAUUGAUCCUCCCCUCUGUCAUCCGCUCAUACUACAGGGGUACAAAAUCCUACGAGGGCUCCGCCGUCUUCUGGAUCAGCAUUGCCUUUCGCGUCGGCCUCUGUAUCGUUGCAGUCUUCUGGACCCUCGACGCGGCCGACGACGGUGACUGGUUCCCCUCAAUUUCCAAAACCACCCUGAAAACCACCCGCGUCGUCCUUGCCCAGAUCGUCCUAGCCAUAGCCUUUGCUGCGGGUACCACAACCUUCGCCUGGGCAAAGCCCUGCAUCAGCGUCGCCAUGACUGACUCCACCAACAGUAACCCGGAAGACCCCUUCCUAGAACCCCCGCCAAAGAAAACAGUCGUUACAAUCCUCGGCUACGCUAACGUCUACGGCACCCGCUACGCGUUACUACUCAUCAACUUCUCUCUAGCGAUAAUCCUUCUCCAAAAACCCAUGGGUGGCGGUGCCAUUGGUCUUCAAACAUGGCAAAUCCUGUCCCUGCUCGAGAUCCUCGAUACAAACGGACUGACAACGAGCAACACGGCCCUCGGGCCGAUCGUGCUAGGCUUACUGGGAUCCUUCCACUACUUCGCCACUGGACACCAGGCAACUCUCAGCAGCAUACAGUGGGAGAGUGCCUUUGUACCGCUCACGACAAUCAAGUAUCCCUGGUCCCCAUUGCUUGUCAUCCUGAAUACCUUUGGUGCACAGAUCCUCUCCGCGAUCGCCGUCCCGCUAACCGUGCUUUGGAAACGACCCGUCGAUUCAUGGGGCGGUCCGCUGUCCUCAUUGCAGCCACUGUCACGGUCGCAGACUCAGACUCGGGGACCAAAGCAGCUUCAAAAUGGCAUGAGCCGUCUCCUCUCGGAUGUUGCACAGGCGGCUGCUACGCAUAUCUUGUAUUAUGCCACGAUUAACUUGGCAACGACGAUGUGGGCGGCUUGGUUGCGUAGACAUCUGAUGCUGUAUCGGAUCUUUAGCCCGAGGUUUAUGAUGGGAGCAGUGGUGUUGGGGGUUGUGGACGUGGUGGUUUUGUUUGUUUCGGUGGCUGGGGUCAGGUGGAGUACGAUUAGUGUUGGGGAUGUGUUUGGAUGGAGCUAG